AUGGGGUUUAGUAGUUUUCCAGUGUCCCCAUUUACUUUCUGUUUGUAUUUGAGAGAUAAGUUUGAUUCGUGUCGUUCUCCUGCGCCUAUUGUGACAGCUGUGUAUGGAGUCAGAUGGGCUCACAAUCUAGCUGGUKUUGAGUCUCCUACAGAUAACAUUGUGGUUAAACAGUUUUUAGAGGCAUCCAAAAGAUUACUUGGUCUCUUGCGUUGUGACGAGAUCGUGAAUAUUACUAGAAGAGAUGUAUGCAUCAAGGCUGAUCACAUGACUGUCUUUUGUUUGAAACGAAAGAACGAUCAAUACUCCAAGGGUCAUACGGCAGUCAUUGAUAGGUCUGGUAAGAUUACCUGUCCCRUUGCCAUAACUKAAAAGUUGUUGAAYAAGUUGCCUGUUUSUCCUAAUCAGUCAUUAGUUUGUAGAUUGAAAUCAAAUGGAUCCGCUAUGCAGCAGUCUAUCAGUUAUUCCAGAGUGAGGGAAAUAUUCCUAGAGACAAUGUCAGAGUUUGUUGAGGAUCCUAAACUGUACGGUACCCAUAGUUUAAAAAAGGGUGGUGCUUCGGCGGCACAUAAGGCCGGCGUUGCCGGCGAGUCGUUAGAUAGGUUCGCUGGCUGGGAGUCAGCUCGUUCUAAGUUUAGCUAUAUUAGUGACUCGCAUGAGAAAUUAAGAGUGUCUAAGGCGAUUAAUCUUUAA